AUGCCGGCCAUUCGCGGACCCAAGAGCAAGUCGAAGACGAGACGACACACUCGUGACCUCGAUCAGGUCCACGCCGACACCCAAUCGCAAAAGCACCUCCAGCAGUACAAGGACACAAAAGCUCCGGAGGAUCUUCCAGGUUUCGGACAAUUCUACUGCACUGAAUGCGCAAAAUGGUUCGAGUCGGAGCUGAACUACGGCAAGCACAUCAAGGGAAAGCCGCACAAGAAGCGUGUGAAGCAGAUGAAGGAAGAACCGUACAGUCAGAAGGAGGCUGAAGCUGCGGUGGGCUUGACGACGGACAACGGCAGGAGAGCAGUGGAGACAGACAUGAUCGAUGCGUCGGACAAUGAAGACGUGCGAUGA